CUCUUAUGACCGAGCACCCAACUGAGGAACAGACAGAAGCUUCAGGCAGCACAGCAGCAAACAUGAAGCCUGAUGAGCAUGACUUGAGCAACCAGCCAAGUCAGGGGAACGUGGAAGUUGCCAAGAGAGUUAUGGAAAGCUGUUUGAAGCAAGGGCUCGUGGAGCUCUGCAAGGAAAAGCCUUCUGACCCUGUCAGGUGGCUCGCACAUUGGCUGCUUGAAAACAACCCGAACCAACCAAAGGUUAUCGCUUCCAUGGACAGCAACGGAUGAUGGUGUCGGCACGAAAAAGCGAUUCUCAUAAGCUGAUUUGUUCUUUCGUCAUGCAAUGUGACUAAGAUCCGGGAAGAAAACAUCUCAGUUUUUAUCUCAAAAGUUUAUAAUCAGAUCCGAUCGAGACAGCCUCUUGCAAUUUUAUGAUUUAAGCUUGCGGAAUGAAGUACCUCUGCAUCUC